AUGGGAGGGCCGCAAGAUGGGGGGACGCAGGACGCGACCGCCCUGUACGACGAACUCUACCUCCUAUUCGACGACUACAUUGCACAAAACAGCAAACAACCCAGCACAUACGAGUCCCUCUUUCACAAAAAGGACUUUCUGGAAUUUGCAAAGUUCCAUGGCACCACCACACUAGUACCUUCCCCCCCAAAAGUGAUAAAGAACAAAGACGAAAUAAUAGACGAGCUCAUUUACGCAUUUAAGCUCUUCGCAAAAUACACCAGCAUGUGUGAUUUUUUCUCCAACAAUGAAGAAUUGGAUGAUGUAAACACCAAAUAUUUAAAAUUCCUCCUCAUCCCAUACAUACUGGGGGUUCUAUGCUAUGAAACUAUUAGCAUGGAAAUCAGAAGCGAUCGAUUGAAAGAGGCAAAAUUGUAUUUUGGUGAAUUCAUUAACGUGGUUAAUGUAUAUCAUAUAGCCCCAGUGGAAGAUUACCUCCUGGAUGAGGGAGGGGAUACGUCACAGGCGAUGAACAGGAGGAACAUAAAGGUUAAAAGAGCCAAGGACGAAAAGAAAUUUCAGGAAUUCUAUGAGGAUAUGAUUAAAAUGAAUGUGAAGAAAAGUACCUCCCAGAAUUAUAACCCUUCCCUCUUCGCUCAUCACAUGGACGAAGAACAACUUAGGGAGCUGUAUCUCUCCUUGAUCAAGUGCAAAUGCCUGCAAACGCUUAACAUGAUUGACUUGCUUGACACGGAACUGGAGGUCUUGGAAAUGCGCAGCAAGCAUAACGGACAGCUUACACAUGAUGUGAAGCAGCCACAUGAUGGGCAAAAACCUCACACCAACCACACAAACGAUGGGGUCAAAAAAAAACCCUGGCUCUUCACCAUUAAAAAAAACAUGCCUCUUGCGGACAUGACUGAAAUGAGGAACUACUACAGGGACCUCGUCUUCACACCCGCACACAACUUACCCACCAUAUCACUUGAGGAGUGCGCCAAAAUUGAAAUGCAAUACGCCCUCAAGGGGGAGGGGGAGGGCAGGGCGCUUGGCAACGAAGAGGAACGGAAGGGAAGCCCAAAGGACGGAACGAAAAAGGGUCCUGCGCAAAAUGGCGCCGAUGAUGAAGACGAUUACGAAAAGUGUUCCACGGACGAAAGCGAGAAGGAGGUCAUGGACAGGGCAUGGGACGACUGGAAAGAUAUGCACCAGAAAGGGAUUGGCAACAAAAACAGAAACGUUGCCUGA